UUUCAAUAAAUACGAAAAGAAUUUAAAAGAUAUUAAAAUAAAAAAUUAAAUUAAAUUAAAUAAAAAAAUUCUUAAAAUUUUCAAAUAUAAAUAAAAAAUAUAUAAAAAUAAUAGAAAAUAUUUGCUAAAGUUUCUAUAAGUGUUAGAAGAUUUCCGGAAAAUUUUAGUCCACGAAACCGUAUCCGUACCCAUUUUGGAGUUUCUAUAAUAGCUACCUGUUACGAUGCGGACAACUCUGCUCGUAUUUAAUUUGGUGUCAUUUUAACAUGUAUAAAACACUACUGUAGGACCAUCAAUAGCCACAAUUUUUCCACAUUUCGAUAAUGGAACCUCGUCUUGAGCUCAACCAUGGUCCUCGCUUUCAGACCAACUGCUCUUUUCCUUUGAAUCUACUGCCUACGCACCAUCUUUUAACUCUUUUUGAACUUCAAUGGCAUCAAUCUCCUUCACUUAUGAUACUGCAAAAAUGGACACCCAUUCUUCUACUCCUUUCCUUAUCAUGUUCUCUGUUCUUUUUCUUUGUAAAGACCUACCUUUUAAAGCACCCUCCGGUUUACCUUGUAGACUUCUCAUGCUUCAAACCACCCGACUUCUGCAAAGUGCCUUUCUCUAAGUUUCUUGGACAUGCGUCCAUGAUCAAGUCCUUUAAUGAUGACACUGUAGCUUUCAUGGCCAAAAUCCUCACUUCUUCAGGGCAAAGUGAACAGACCUAUCUUCCUCCAGCCUUGCAUCACAUUCCUCCGAGAACCGAUUAUCAAGAAUCCAUUAAAGAAGUAGAAAUGGUUCUUUUCCCUGUUGUAGAAGACCUUCUCUCUAAAACUAGAGUCUCUCCUCAUAACAUCGACAUACUUAUAGUAAAUUGUAGUGGUUUUUGCCCUUCACCCUCCUUGUCAUCUAUCAUUAUAAACAAAUACUCUAUGAGAGCUGAUAUCAAGAGUUACAGCCUCUCUGGUAUGGGGUGCAGUGCAGGUGCUAUCAGCAUUGACUUGGCUCAUAACCUCCUGAAAAUUCACAAGAACUCUUAUGCACUUGUUCUUAGCACUGAAAUCCUAUCUACUGGUUGGUAUUCUGGCAAUGAAAAAUCCAAGUUGCUACUUAACUGCUUCUUUAGAAUGGGCAGUGCAGCAAUCUUGCUUACAAACAAAAAGGAGGCCAAGGAAUCAUCAAAAUAUAAGUUAUUUUGCAGAGUAAGAACCCAAAGAGCUUUCGAAGACAAGGUUUAUAUUUCUGCCUUUCGCGAAGAGGAUUCUGAUGGAAAACUUGGGGUUACACUCAAAGGGGAUUUACUCCAAGUAGCUGGAGAAACUCUCCGUUCAAACAUAAAAAUUCUUGGUUCAAAAAUUUUGCCACCCUCAGAAAAACUAAGGUAUGGCAUUUCAAUAAUUCGUAAGAGGUUUAUUGACAAGUCAGGGGAGAUAUACGUGCCCGAUUUCAAAACUGUGAUAGAUCAUUUUUGCCUGCCAACUACUGGCAGGCCAGUGGUCAAAGAGAUAGCAAAAGGGUUAAAGCUUGGCGAGAGAGAAGUGGAAGCUGCUUUCAUGACACUACACAGGUUUGGUAAUCAAUCUUCUUCUUCGCUUUGGUAUGAAUUGGCCUACGUAGAAGCUAAGGACAGAGUGAAAAAAGGCGACAAGGUUUGGCAGAUUGGAUUGGGAAGUGGGCCUAAAGGCAAUAGUGUUGUUUGGGAGUGUUUAAGGCCCAUAGUGGGGGAGUCCAAGAAGGGCCCAUGGGCUGAUUGUGUGAAUCAGUAUCCAGUUGCCAUUGCUUAAAGGCAAAACUAAUUUCAACCCCUUGAACUCUUAAAGUUUGUUAAAUAAGCUAUGGUUGUACGGCCCAAGCCCUUGUAUUUUUAUUUGUGUUGCAUCAAGUCAUUGUAUUUCUAUUUCUAUAAGUCAAUAAACACUUACUUAACUCGUCUAA